UCAGGCCUGGCGCGCCUCCAGCCGGCGGCCGACCCGGCCAUUAGGGUGCCGCUGAGAUGGCCGCACCGGUCACUCGGCAGGUCAGCGGCGGCACCGGCCUGGCCCUGGCUCCGGCCUCCACCGGCCCCGAGAACGGACAGCCCCUGGAAGCCGCCGUGGCCGAGCUGCCCGUGCUGGACGCCUCCGGGAAGCGGGUGCCGUUCGGUGCGCUGUUCCGGGAGCGCCGGGCCGUGGUGGUCUUCGUGCGGCAUUUCCUGUGUUACAUCUGUAAAGAAUACGUAGAAGAUCUGGCCAAAAUCCCCAAGAGUUUCUUACAAGAUGCAAAUGUCACCAUCAUAGUGAUUGGACAGUCAUCGUAUCAUCAUAUUGAGCCCUUCUGCAAACUGACUGGAUAUUCUCAUGAAAUCUAUGUUGAUCCUGAGAGAGAAAUUUAUAAAAGAUUGGGAAUGAAAAGAGGUGAAGAAAUUGCCUCCUCAGCACAGAGCCCUCACGUAAAGUCAAAUCUGCUCUCAGGAAGCCUUCGGAGCCUGUGGCGGGCAGUGACUGGACCUCUUUUUGAUUUCCAAGGAGACCCGGCUCAGCAAGGCGGAACCCUUAUUUUAGGUCCAGGUAACAACAUCCACUUCAUACACCGCGAUAGGAAUAGAUUGGAUCACAAACCCAUAAACCCGGUUUUGCAGCUCGUAGGCGUUCAGCAGGUGAACUUCACGAACAGACCUGCUGUUGUCCACGUGUGACUUAAUAUGGGAAUCUGUCACUUGCAAAUGGGCUAUCGAAAUGGGACCUUAAAUGCCAGGGCGUCCCAUGCUUAAGUGGUGUCUGACUCUCUGGGCCCUACCAGACACGGAGGGGUUUUAAAAGCACCAGGAGAACAGUUGUCAAAAAGGUGACGUACUUUUAAAAUUUUAUAGCUUUUAAAAUUUUAUGUAAAAUAAGCAUAAAUUACAAAAGAAAACUUUAAUGUUACACAAUUAUGAAUACUCUUGCUAAAAUUAUUUACAUUAUAUCCAUUCAGUAGAAGAUGCUCUUAGCAAUUAAAAUAUAAUUAAAAUUAAAAUAUAAUUAAAUUUUAAUCAAAAUAUCUUAGCAAUUAAAAUAUAGGGAAGAAUAUGUUAAGGGAAGUGAAUGCAACCCAAGGCCAUUUUAUUCAGUGAAGAAAGCAGGACGUCAAACUCUGUAAACAGUAUAACCACUUUUUGGUAUGCGUGUAUAUAUAUAUAUUUUUUGUAUGCUUAGAAAAAAGACAGGAAAUAAACACACCAGCACAUUGCCAGUGGGUCGUCUGUGUGCUUUCUUUCCCAGAUGUUUCUGCAUUUCCCAAGUGUCCUCUAUGAGCACAACUGCUGUGUAUGUCAGGAAAAGGUCUCUAUAAACAUUACGGACAGAUCCCUGUCUCUGUGGAACCUCACAGAGGUGCAGGUGACACAGGAUGCAGUCCAUGAGUUCCAUCCUAACUGCUUUACUUAGAGGAGAUAAAACUGAACCUCCCAGAGCCCCUGGUCACCAGCCACCCACUGUCCACUUCAUUAGGGUUUUAUGUGGGAUGAAGGCAGUAGGAGAAGAAUACUUGUUUUAGGUUUUUAUUUUUU